AUGGUUUCCUUCUCAAGCAUAAACAAUACUUCCCAGGAUCGGAUUUUUGAAAAUGAUGUUAAUUUGACUGAGAUGACUACAUUUUACCAGCCUGGAUGGCAAAUUGCACUCUGGGCCGUUGCCUACUUAUUGAUAAUCACAGCAUCAAUUAUAGGAAAUGCUACCAUCAUUUGGAUUAUACUGUCCCAUCGACGAAUGAGAACAGUCACCAACUAUUUUAUUGUGAACUUGGCUCUUUCCGAUCUGCUUAUGAGUGCUCUAAACACAGUUUUUAAUUUUGUUUAUGCCUGUCAUAAUGUCUGGUAUUUUGGCGAGGGAUUCUGCCGUUUCCAUAAUUUUGUUCCUGUUACUGUAAUAUUUGUCAGCAUUUAUUCCAUGACUGCUGUCUCUGUGGAGAGGUAUAUGGCAAUCGUUCACCCUUUCAAGCAAAAACUUUCCCCAGCAAACACAAAACGGAUCAUAGGAAUAAUCUGGCUGGUGGCUUGUGCACUUGCUUUUCCACAGUUCUUUUAUGCACAAGUCAUUGCAGACCAUGGACUGGCCAAAUGUGUUGUGAGCUGGCCACACAAUCACAGCCAAAGACAGCAGCUCACGUAUCACAUAGCUAUCAUUCUCAUGAUUUAUGUACUGCCUCUCACUGUGAUGUUUGUCACAUACAGUGCAAUAGGAAUAACUCUGUGGCAUAAUGAUGUUCCUGGAGAUCACACUAACAUGGUGUACUAUCAACGUAAGAUCAUAGCCAAGAAAAAGUUUGUCAGGGCAAUGGUUGCAGUUGUGAUAACAUUUGCCAUUUGCUGGUUCCCUUAUCAUUUCUACUUCAUCCUGGGAAGCAUCUGGGAGGAAGUCAACAGGCAGAAGUACAUCCAACAAGUUUAUCUCACUGUGUUCUUGCUGGCCAUGGGUUCUGCAGUGUACAGUCCAAUUAUUUAUUGCUCUCUUAAUCAUAGAUUCCGAUCUGGAUUCAGAAUUGCUUUUCAAUGUUGCCCCUGCAUCAAAGCUACAGAAAGAGACCGGCUUAACCUCAGCUAUCGACCCUUACAGAAAAUCCAAAGAGAACAAGCAUCCAACUUCUCUAUGAGUUGCUUAGCAAUGUACCCAACUGAUUCACGUUGUCAGUUACUCAUAUGUAUUGGGUGGCAUGCUUUUUAA